UUCCUUGUUGUAAAGUGCUUCGAGUGCCUUGAAGGUGGAAAAGUGCUAUAGAAAAAUGUGAACAUUUACCAUGAUUGUCAUUUCAAUUAGAUUUAAAUACAUUUUAAGAAGUAAACAGUGUCAAUUUCUACUUCUACUUUGUGCUUCAAUAUCUGAAAGGUCCUUUUGCUGCAUCUGAGAUUCUGAGCCCUCAGCUCUUUUAAGAAGGAAAAACAGAAGUGUAGACUCUUUCAAGCCAGCUCAGGUCUGUUCUGUCCUGUGACUCAUGGUUUGGUCAGGAAUAGCAAUAUUACAGUUAAAUAAUGUUAUGUAUGUAGUUUCUGUUCAAUUAAUCUUGUACUGCAAUGAGGAAAUUCACGGGUGUAGGUGACUUAACAUUUUCUACCACAAACGCCAACAUGUUGAAAUAUCUCUGCCACAAUCAUGUCUGAAAAAAGCACAAAAACGAAACCGAUUUACAAAAAUGAACUGACUUACAAACAAACCUCAGUUUUGCCCUGGGAACCAACGACAUCAGAUGUUCUUUGAGAAAGAUGUUUAAACGCUCAAAACCCCCAGCACCUCCCUCUCCAAAGCUUCUCCAUGCGGACUGGAGACAGAUACCAUCAUGGGAAAAGGACGAUUAUCUGCAGUACAUUAAUAAUUAUGAACCGGACCAAAAAGAGGUAGAACACCUCAGGAUUUUGCUUCAUGGACCAAGUAACGCCGGCAAGUCCAGUUUCAUCAACUCAGUGGAGACAGCUUUACGAGGAAGAAUGACUGGACAGGCUUUAGUUGGUGUUGGCAAUGACAGCUUCACCUCAAAGUAUCAAAUGCACAAAAUACAAAAAAGAAAACCUGGGAACUUCUAUCCGUUUGUCUUCAAUGACAUCAUGGGACUAGAGAAAGACAAUAAAGGCAUUAAUGUGGAUGACAUCAAAGAGGCCAUGAAGGGACACGUGAAAGAUGGGUAUGCGUUUAAUCCUCACUCCUCAUUUUCAAGUGAAGACCUGCAGCAUUACAACAAAAGCCCGACUGUCAAUGACCAGACACAUGUUCUGGUGUGUGUCGUCUCAGCCAGUACCCUCAGUAUCAUGAGUCCUGAAGUCAUUGACAAGAUGAAAGUAGUCCGACUUGCAGCAAAAGACUUGGGGAUUCCUCAAAUGGCCAUUGUUACUAAGAUUGAUGAGGCCUGUCCUGAGGUUCAGUCUAACUUGAGGAAUGUCUACAGAAGCAAGUUUGUGAAAAAUCAGAUUGACAAACUCAGCGUAUCCCUGGGCAUUCCUCUAAACUGCAUCUUCCCUGUGAAGAACUACCACAAGGAGAUCUGUAGAGACGAUGACAUUGAAAAACUCAUUCUGAUGGCCCUGAAGCAAAUGAUUGAUUUUGGGGAAGAUUUUGUAAACAACUGUACUGAGAAAGCGAUUUAAUCAUCAAAUUCUUCUUUUUGCAAGUUGCGAAAAUCCUUUGUAAUCACAUCACACCACUUCCUUUAUUAAUUUUUGAUUUGCGUUUUUUUCUUUUCAGUUUUAACCAUAGAUCUGUUUAUCUUAACAACCAAAAAUAUGUUCUUAUAAUUCAGCAAAUUCACUAAAAUUUAAAUUGC